AUGGCCGACGGCGAUCUGAAAGAUGCGGCGCUCAAUAGCACGGAGGACUUCUACGAGUUGCUGGGCGUCACGAGCACCGCCAGCGAGACGGAAAUCCGAAGCGCAUGGCGAAGAACAGCGCUGAAAUACCACCCGGAUAAGGUAGGAGCCAACGACAAGGAGGCGGCCGAAAAGUUCUAUCUGCUCCAAAUCGCGCUCGAUGUCCUCUCCGACGAAAAUCUACGGCCUCUCUACGACAAUGCGCGGCGAGCGCGAGAGGAGAAGAAGCAGCGCGAUGCUGCCUAUGAUGUUCGCAGGAGAAACCUCAAAGAGGAUCUGGAGCGACGCGAAAGCGCGGGUGUUGCUGGUCUCAAGCGAAAGCGAGGUCAGGAACAGGAGGAGGACAAAUUGCAGCGAGAGCUGGAACGAUUAGCCGCUGAUGGAGCCAGGCGCAGGAAGCAGCGUGAAGAGGAGCUACGGAAAGGAAUGCAGGAAGGCCUUGGCCGUGACAGCAGUGAGGAGAAGCAAGCCACGCCAAAUGGCGCACCGGCGAAGGUUGGAGUGGAAGAGGUCGAUCGUACCAUAAAGCUACGAUAUCCUACCAACACUCUGGACGAGGAAGCCCUCAAGAAGCAAUUCAGCCGAUUUGGCAAAAUACAGGACAUUGUGUUGAGGAACAAGAAGAUCAAGGUCGAAGGCGAGAAACACAGGAGGGACUUCACGAUUGCACUCAUCGUCUUCGAAAGUAUUGUCGGGGCCCACGCGGCUGUCACAGACACGCCUGAACUAGCAAAGAGUGCGGGCGAACCAUGGGGUGCUUUCGAGGAGGUCAAGUGGGCGAGCGGGAAAGAGCCGGAUUACAUCCCCAAGCCGAAGUCGAGCGAUACACCCGUCGCAAAAGCGAAGAACGACUUCCCGACUCGGAUUGGCGCGCCGCAAGCAUCUCCUGUCACUGCGGUCACGGAGAGAAUCAAGAAUUCGGACCCGGGUCUGAAGAGAGUACCUUCGUUCGGGAGCUUCAAAGGAACACCAAAGGCGUCUGUGGGCCAUGGCGGACUGCAUGUAGCCGGUAGUCCGAGUUCAGAGGAGCUCAUGAUGAUGCGACUGAAGAAUGCUGAGAGGAAGAGAUUGGCGGAGCAAAUCCAGAGAGAAGAGGCAGCUGAGGCUCAGGACGCGUGA